AUGCUCAAAACCGACUUGAAGAACGACAACUCAAAGAAGAGAAUCACUGCCCCAGAUGAACCUACGGCUCAGGAGGUCGGACAGGGCGGCAGUCUCGAGUGUCGUGGAGUUUGGGUUGGCUGGUACCUCCCGCUCGAGGACCUCCAGUUCAACCACAAGGUGCACAAGGGCCUUUCGGUCAAAAGGCUGUGCGAGGGAGAUGGCGCAGAUUCUCAAAUCGCAGCUGCGAGAGCCAUAGCGCCCACCACGAAGGCCCUGAGGUUUAUCUUGCAGCUCGGUCGCGGAUUCAGUAACAUCAAGUAUCACGCUUUAGCGUACCCAGACGCGGACACUGGCUUGUGUUCGGCCGUCCAAAUUGACGGGAGCACAGAUCAGAUCUUCUUCUUCAGAGAAUGCCAGGACGUGGCAAAUGACAUCGGGAAGCUGAAAGAGCGGAGGAAGACAUGGAACCAAAUUUGUCGGCAGCUGUGCGGAGGAGUGCAGAACUCAAAUCCAGAAGCCUUGAGAUGGAACUCUGCCAAGGAUAACGAAGAACGGCAAGCUUCAAGCUCCAGGGAGCUCGUACAGCCCCAACAUGUCUACUACCAACUUGAAUCGCUCGACUGA